AUGGCAUCAGUCAGCUCCCUCGACCAGGACAUGCGCAACUUGCGCCUCUCGCGCUACACUCCUCAAGCCGCGAACCAGGUCCGUACCUGGAUCGAGACCACACUCGGCUCUUCUCUCCCACCCGGCGACCUGCUGGAAGUGCUGAAGGACGGCGUGGCCCUCUGUAAACUGGCGAAUCUGCUUCUACGACCGUCCCAUGGCGGGAUCAAAUUCAAAGCCUCGUCGAUGCCUUUCAUCCAGAUGGAGAACAUCAGCCACUUCCUGAAAGCGUGCGAGAUGCCGCCGCUGAACAUGCCGGCGCACGAUCGCUUCUUGACUGUCGAUCUGUACGAGAGCAAGGACCCGGCGCAAGUGCUGCAAUGUUUGGGUGCUUUCUCGCGGAUGGCGAAUAGUCUCAAGCCGGAUGUCUUUCAAACGACUAUAGGGGGCAAGAAGGCUGGGGCGGGGGGAGCAAUGUCACCAACGACUACAGGAGGUGCGAAUGGAGCAAGCGGGACGUGGAGGCAAAGUAGCAAUGCGAGCACAUCCAGCUACGGAGGGAGGACCAGUCCGACGAAAGCGUCCGCUGCAAUGCCUGGCACAGGUGCGCGAGCCAUGAGUCCUGCACUUACUGGUGGUUCGACCGGGUCGCAGAAGACGGAUGGAGGCUCGAAGGGUCCAGUCAGUAGUUGGAGCAGAAAGACCGAUGAAGGCAAUACGGCACCCGCAUGGAACAUCCACCAGUAUGGCUACAUGGGCGGAGCGAGUCAAGGAAAUCAAGGUAUCAGCUUCGGCGCACGGCGGCAGAUUACUAGUCAAGCCCCCAGCGUGCCGAGCUUGGCCGAGAAGGAGAAAGCGCGCAAAGAGAAGGCUGCUGAGGAGGAGAGGCUACGUCAACAGGCCGAAGAGGCCGAGCACAGACGGCGAGUGGAGCGCGAGGCGGAGGAGGAGCAAGCAAGAAUCGAGGAGCAGCAAAGAUGGGAGGACGAGACCAGGCGAACGCGGGACGAAGAGCGGAGACGGAUGGAAGAGCAGAAACGGCAGUGGGAAGAGCAGGAACGGAGGUGGAAAGAAGAGGAGGAGGCGAGGCGGAAGGAGGCUGCGGAAUUUUCGCGAAAGCUGCCACCACCGAAGCCUAGAGUGCCGAGCUCUGGAAUAUUACGAGGGCAGACGCUUUCGCAGUAUCAGAAAGAGCAGACCAGCAACGGUAGCGAAGCUGCUGAAACACCAGAGCAGAAGCGUGUGCGGGAGCUUGAGCAGCAACUCGAGGAGGCUCGAGAACGAGAAAGGCAGUAUCAAGCCGAGCGUGAGGAACGUGUAAGGCAAGGCUCGGAUCGUGGAUCAAGACCUACCACGGCUCGAACAGAGACGCCGACAGAGAGCUCCUGGGCGGGUGACGAGCGCGAAUAUCUUCGGCAGCAAUGGCAAAGCAACCAGAACGAUUCUGCCGCAAAAUCGGCAACAGAAUCAGGCGCGCAACAAACGAGACCGCUCCCAACACCUGAGCCACCCACGCGAUCAUUACCACAACAGUCUCCUCCGCCCGAUGAGCAAGACGAUGCCCUGCCUCUCCCUCAGCGCCUAAAACCCUCCGAGUCUGCAUCCUCCCUACCUCACAACCUACCUCCUUCGACAUCCACCUCUUCAAUUCCACAAGUCGACCCAGAUUCUGCCAUAAACUCUUCACCCCUGGGCAGCUCGAACCGGCCCCUCCCAACCCCGGACAAAGAAUUCCAACCCUAUACGCCCUCGCCUUUGCAACCAAAUAAGUCCCGCACAGCCAACUUCCUCUCGAGCAACCCCGCGCCCUCCCCCACACCUCCGCGGGUGUCCUCCACCCUCGAAACCGGCUCAACGGCCCUCGAUCAGUCUUCUCUCCGCGAUUCCCGCCUUGCCUCCCAGAGUACAACCAAAGCUGGCGGCUGGGCGAGCAAAUCCCUCCUUGAGCGCGAAAUGGAACGUGAGCGCGAGAGGCAACGAGAGUGGGAAGCGGCUCAGGCUGAGGUCAAAGCGGCACCGAGGGAUGAAUCGCAGGGUGUGAAGCCGGGCGAGAGCUGGGAUGUCAAUCAGUACGGGUUUACGGGUGGGGAUGGGCAGAACCGCGGGAGUAGUUCGGGUAGUGGGAUUGAUUUCGGAGGGAGGAGGCAGAUUCUGGGGCCGAGAGCGCUGCCGAAGCGAUAG